CACAAGAGUUUUCAUCAGCUUAGCUGGCAAAGCACGACCCCGCGACCUAGGGCUUGGCCUUUGCGAAGCAGAGACGCGGCUUAACAUCUUAACGAAGUCGGAUCUACAGCAAAGCUUAUAUAGCUGAGGCGUCGCUGAUUUGUGGCUCAAAGAUGCAGCAAUUGCGGGGAUUGCGGAGCGCUCAGUGCCCACAGCGGGCACUAAGAAGCGCAUCGGCGCGCCAAAUGUGUGUCAGGGCAUCUGCGUACAAGACAGCGCCGCCGCAGCUGGGCGUGUUGAGCAAGGAGCAGGUUGACAAGUUCCACCGCGACGGAUUUCUGGUGCUGGAGAAGUUCGCCAGCCCGGAAGAGUGCGCGGCGCUGCAAAAGCGCAUGGACCAGCUGCUCCAAGACUUUGACCCACAGACCGUCUCGAUCUUCAGCACCAAGAACCAGGCGGCCACCACAGACAACUACUUCCUCCGCAGCGCCAGCGACAUCGGUUUCUUCUUCGAGGACAAAGCGUUUGACGAGGCGGGGCAGCUGCGGCAGGCCAAGGAGCUGUCCAUCAACAAGGUCGGACAUGCUCUUCACGACCUGGACCCGGUGUUCCGGCAGUUCAGCCGCUCCGCCGCCGUGUGCAACGUGAUGCGCAGCCUGGGCUACGCCCGCCCGCUGCCGGUGCAGUCCAUGUACAUCUUCAAGCAGCCCAGCAUCGGCGGCGAGGUGGUGCCGCACCAGGACUCGUCCUUCAUCCACACGUCGCCACUGAGCUGCGUGGGGCUGUGGUGGGCGCUGGAGGACUGCACCAAGGACAACGGCUGCCUGUGGGCUAUGCCAGGCAUCCACAAGGACGGCCUCAAGCGGCGCUUCACGCUGGGCCCGGGCGGCAAGGUGUCGUUCGACGCGCCACAGCCCGCCUACGACCUGUCGCAGUUCGUGCCGCUGGAAUGCCCCGCAGGCACGCUGGUGCUGCUGCAGGGCGAGAAUGUGCACUACAGCGCCGAGAACACCUCGCCCGUGUCGCGCCACUCCUACUCCAUGCACCUGGUGGAGAGCGCGCCCGGCGUCACCUGGAGCGCCGACAACUGGGCUCAGCGGGCACCGGAAAACCCCUGGCAGCCUCUCUACUAAAAAGAUUGGCAAGCUAACCUCCUGCCAAGCUGUGGAGCCAUAGCUAGCGCCCAUGCUUCGAGACACCGCAGCAGCUUUCCUGCUAGGGUCCUUGAUGCCGUGGUAUGUACAGUAGAAGCUUUCAGUUUGAUGUUGCUGUCAUCGGCUGUCAUGCGUGUGGGUCGCGUGAUGGUGUGCUUAGGGCGGGCCGGUGGUGGGGGUGCGGGGGGCUCGUCGACGUGCAUCGUAGGGCCUGUGCAUGCUGAAGCUUUUUUUAAAUUGAUAGCUUAUUGUGUUUUCGCAUGCAAGCGUUUAGAGAUCGCCGUUCCGCUGGCUGCGGACUGAAGGCUGCAACACAACGCGCAAGCCCGUUUCGCGCUGUAUGGAUGAAGCGGUCACACUGUAAAGUAUCUCAAUC